AGAGCUUCCAUUUUGCACAACUAAACCCUAAACUAGAGCUUUCUCUUUACACAACUAAACCCUAAAUUUUAUAUAUCGUCCGUCCUUCUGCCAAACUCGUUUUCUUGCAGGUUUUCAGUUAUAAUUUUUUUUUUUUCCUACAGCGCAGGGUUUCAUUUGUUCGAGGAUUUCCUCGACAGAAAUCGGAUAACAAAUGGCGAGGAUCAAGGUUCAUGAGCUGCGCACGAAGAGCAAGGUAGAUCUGCAGAGUCAGCUGAAGGAGCUCAAGGCCGAGUUGGCACUGCUCAGGGUGGCUAAGGUUACAGGAGGAGCCCCCAACAAGCUCUCAAAGAUCAAAGUGGUAAGGAAAUCGAUAGCACAGGUUCUUACUGUUAUCUCCCAGACCCAGAAAAGUGCUUUGAGAGAGGCAUACAAGAAGAGGAAGUACAUGCCACUUGACUUGCGCCCAAAGAAGACUCGUGCCAUUAGGAGGCGUCUCACCAAACACCAGGCUUCAUUGAAGACAGAGAGAGAGAAGAAAAAGGACAAGUAUUUCCCAAUGAGAAAGUAUGCAAUCAAAGUCUAGAGAGUAUGACUACUUAGGUCUUGAACUGUAGAAUUCCCAAUCCAUUCCCAUGGGUUUUUAUUUUUGUUAAAGCGAGUUUUAAUUGUUGAAUGGCGGUUCUGAUAAAUUGAUGAUACGAUUUAAUGAUCUGGUAAUACAAUUUUAUUCAUUGAUGGGAAAUAUUAAUUUAUUGAGGAUUCCAGAGUA